GGCCCGUGUCAAUGUUAUCUUGGCGAUAAUCACUGGGUCCGUUCGUCGUUGAUAUAUGUUUACAUAUAAUUUAGUUGCAAAACUUUCAUUCUCUUGGAAUACCACUGUGAAACUUGGUAAAUCAAAAAUUAAAUAUGUUUUUAGUGUACGUAAUAUUAUUGCUGCAGUUGUAUAUCGGAGACUUGCGAGCAAGCGUCAUCUUUCAGGAUUGUGGGUCGCAGUAUGAGUUGAAGGCUGUGAAUAUUGACGGGUGUGACUCGCGGAUACCAUGCCACGUGACGGUAGGGGAAGAUGUUCCAGUCAGCUUGGACUUCUAUGCCGAUUCUGUAUCUCGGAACCUGGAUCAAAAUGUCGUGAUACAUAUUAAUCACCUUAAUCUGAGAACGCGAGUAAGUCCAGAGCGCUGUGAGAUCUACGACUGCGCAGUGACAACGGGAAUGGUGACGUCCUUUACCAGCCUGAUGUCGGUGCCAACCACUAUAGCUUUGAACCAGCGAGGUUACCUGUUUUGGAGGAUAGAAAAUGAAGAGGGAAAGCAAGUAUUGUGUUACUCAGUGAUGGUGCAAACACAAAGUCCACUACAGAAGCUUAUGCGAAAAUUCUUGCACACAGUUCCUGCGACACUGGAAAAACAAUCAUGACGUCAACUUUCUCCAAUUAUGUGACCAUUGAAACAUUCUGGAUGAUUCAUUUUUUUUCUCAAAAAAUCAUUGAUGUAAUAUAA